CUGGUGUUGGCUGAUUAUGGGACUGCGUGUGACUUUUUGAGCAGUGGUAGAGGUGAAAGGAGAGACUGACAGGUAAAAACAGAGGAAAGGAAAAGAAGGAGGUGAAGACAGAGGGGAAAGGGUAAAUAGAAAGGCGAGAAGGGAAAAGAAGGGUCUGAAAAGGAGUAUAAUGAAGAAAGAGGCCCAAAACUAGUCUGCAGCAAGCUGAUUUUCUACUUUGGACUGACCCUGCUCCGGACUCUGAGCCCUUCAGGCUGCCUGGAACUGAAUGGUCCAGGAAGGCCAAAGGUCCACUCUGUGCCUCUCCUGAGUGACUCCUCCUAGGAGAGAUAACCAGCUCUCCAGCCACUCCGGGAUCCAACUUCUGCUCUGCCCUGGUUUGAAGCAUCACAGAGCUCCGGAAGACUCGACUCCUGUGGCCAGUCCAGAGGGAUCUGCACCAAAAGGCUUACUGUGUCACUCAAGACAGGGCUGAAAGAGAACACAGACUCAUAUGGAGGUACACAAAGCUGAAGUUACUAUGGAGAACCAUGUCACACAGAUUUCCAGAGAGGACCUGGAAGAGCUCAGAGAGGCUUUUAAUAGAAUUGAUAUUGAUAACAGUGGCUAUGUGAGCGACUUUGAGCUCCAGGAGCUGUUCAGAGAGGCGAGUUUCUCCCUGCCGGGGUACAAGGUGCGAGAGAUCAUGGAGGCCUUCAUCGCUGGAGACACCAACAAGGACGAGAAGAUCAGCUUUGAGGAGUUUGUUUCUAUCUAUCAAGAGCUGAAGAGCAAAGAGUUCAGUGAGACGUUUAGGAAAACCAUCACAAGGAGAGAUGGGAUUCGCUCCUUCGGGGGAUUGUCAGGAAUCUCCAGCGAGGGAACGCAGCACUCCUACUCUGGUGCGAGAGA